CAAUGUGAGAGAGUGUGUGUGAAUGAGGGAGGGGGAAAGGAGGCGCUGGGAUAGCGGAGCCCGGAACUAUACCCUGUCUGUCCGCCAUUUUGGCAGCUGCUCGGCGGCGGGUGCGAGCGGGCGAGCAAGGUUUGUGUGUGAGCGGCUCGGCUGCUUCCUGAGGACGGCGGUCGCUCCCUCCGUGUCUGCCUCUCGACUUCGCCUCGCCUUCUCUGCCAGUCCCCCUCCCCGAACCACACUCCUCUUGUCUGCGGGCUUUUAAAGCCUGGGAAGGAAAAAAAGAAUCGGCAAGAAAGAUAAGCUCGCUGUUAUUUCUUUUCCUGCCGAAAUUCUGCAUCCUUCGAUCGCCUACCGCCGCCACACCCCUCCCCCCGCCGCAACCUAAACGGAAAGAAAGAAGCCCCUCUAAAUUAUAGCCGCCGGCGAUUUCUUUUUUUUAAAAAAAGGAGGUAAUCCUCAUCCUCCUUCCCGUCCAUCGAGCGCCUCAGCCACCUUCCCUUCCCCACCCCCUCCGCCGGAGAACAUGGAGGACCGCGAAGACCUCGUCUACCAAGCCAAGCUGGCCGAGCAGGCUGAGCGCUACGACGAAAUGGUGGAAUCAAUGAAGAGGGUAGCUGGCAUGGACGUAGAGUUGACGGUUGAGGAAAGGAAUUUACUGUCUGUGGCCUAUAAAAAUGUGAUUGGAGCACGGAGAGCAUCCUGGAGGAUAAUCAGCAGUAUUGAACAAAAGGAGGAAAACAAAGGUGGAGAGGACAAACUAAAAAUGAUCCGUGAAUACAGAAAAACGGUUGAGGAUGAACUGAAAUCAAUUUGUAAUGACAUUCUGGAUGUACUGGAUAAACACCUCAUUCCUGCUGCCAACUCCGGAGAGUCAAAGGUUUUCUACUAUAAAAUGAAAGGUGAUUAUCACAGGUAUCUGGCAGAGUUUGCGACAGGGAAUGACCGGAAGGAGGCAGCAGAAAACAGCCUGGUUGCAUACAAGGCGGCUAGUGAUAUUGCAAUGACAGAACUUCCACCGACACACCCCAUCCGCUUAGGCCUUGCUUUGAAUUUCUCUGUAUUCUACUAUGAAAUUCUCAACUCUCCUGACCGUGCCUGCAGAUUGGCAAAGGCAGCAUUUGAUGAUGCAAUUGCGGAACUGGACACCUUGAGUGAAGAAAGCUACAAGGACUCUACACUUAUUAUGCAGUUGUUACGUGACAACUUGACACUAUGGACUUCAGACAUGCAGGGAGAUGGUGAGGAACAGAGUAAAGAUGUGGUGCAAGAUGUUGAUGACGACAAUCAGUGAGAAGACAUGGCGAAUGAGAAGACCCUGUCUGCCCCUCUCCUGUCCCUCCCCACAGUCCUAGUCCAAGCUGAGAACCAGUAAAUUUGAUGUUGGUGCUGGACCUCAGAAUUAGCUAUUGCCCAUUUGGGUUCCGAGGAUUAUUUUUGUUUUUUAUUUUUAUUUUUUACUUGUUUAAAAUAAAAUCUAAAAGCAAUGCUGUCUCUCUAUGGAUGUUUAACUGGGACCUGCUUUCUUGACUAGCUACCACAGUUAUUUGGAAAUUGUUUUAAAACAACUGCUCAAUUCUACCUAAUGCAGCUUUGAUUAGUUCAUGCCUGCACUACUUUAACCAUUUGAGAUCAGAGCAUUGAAUUUGAAUUGGUGGUUGGUCACGAAUUGCAAUGAAUGACAGACAAGCCUGUGUGCCGUGAGCGCCUCCCCACAAAAUAGCCCUUUGUGUGUUCUGCAUCUUGCAACACACCAAUCCCAUCUUAACCCUCUUAGCAACUGCAUGCUGUUGGUUUGCUUAUCUUUUAUUCCCCAAAAAAGUACUUGCAGCAACUAGUGUGGCUAAACAAAUACAACUGUAUUUUUUGUGAGCAGUUUAAAUAGCUUGCUCUGAAAGUCUGUGAGCCUGAUGUGCAGUGUUUUUCUUCAGUGCUUUUAAUCCUAAAGAUGGCAGAUCACAGUUACAAUCCAUAGAUAGUCCUUUGCUGUUUUUUUGUCCAUCCUGGCAGAGCAGGUCGUGUUUGAGCUGCUGUUGAAGCCUGCAUGCUUAAAACAAGUUUUGGUUUUUUUCCUACCCACUCCUCCUUUUUCUCCCCACCCCUUCUCUUUCUCUCUUUGUUCAGUAUGUGUAACUUGAAGCUAAUUUGUACUACUGGAUAUAUCUGACUGGAGCCACCGAUACAGAUCUGUAUCCUUCUUACUGAAACACAGCAUGGAUUAAUAUUAAACUUAAAUAAAAGAACCUAAAUUAA